AUGGUGGGCACAAACGGUGACUACCCGGAGUCCCCCCUAUUCCCGAGACAAGCCCUGAGUCACGAGACGCUGGUGAAGUUGCCCUCAAAGCCGUUGGCCCAGUCUGCCUCGGUCAAGCUCUAUAUCAUUCUGGCAGAACCCACCUUGUUUGUUCAAGGUUUCGAUGAGACAGAGUUGAAAUCAAGACCGCCAGUCUUGCUGAGAGGAUGCCUCUUUAUACGGGUCCUCAAACCCGUCAAGGUGAAGAAUAUCAAUCUCAAAUUCCUGGGGACCUCCAGGACAGAUUGGCCGGAAGGCAUCCCUCCACGGAAAUCCGAAACAGUGGAAUCCAACACUUUGAUGCAACACAACUGGCCGUUUUUCAACUGGAACCAGGCCUAUCCGGUAUCGGAGACCACCAGAAACAAUGCUGACGUAUACUUGCCACUGAAGGAGGAUGAGCCCAAUGCAGACGUGGCAAACUUGUCGCUAGAUGCGACUAUAUCACCUAUUACCAGUUGGAGAGAUGAUCAAGGUAUUGUGCCCACUGCUUCGUCCAUGUUCGCUUCGCUGCGAAGAGCAGCUUCUCCUUCACCGAUAAGGUCGACUCCCAACAUUUUCAAACAGCUAGCCGAUUCCAGCGACCUGGCCUCUGUGAGAUCGAACGAUGAUGCAAGUGCUAUGAAGACGUUCAUUCCCGGAGACUACAUCUACAAUUUCGAGCAUCCGAUACCCUCUUCUUUGCCUGAGUCCAUCGAUCUGACAUUUGGCUCGGUCGUAUACAACCUGGAGGCCACUUUAGAGAGAAGCGGCGCUUUCAAGAGCUCGCUUUCUGCUACCCAGCCGGUCACAGUGGUUAGGACUCCUUCGGAGGAGUCUUCCGAGGAAAGUGAACCUAUAUCCAUCAGUAAGGAAUGGGACAACCAGCUAGCUUACGAUAUCAUCAUCUCAUCCAAGGUGGUGGUACUCAACACGUUCCUGCCCAUGGCCUUCAAGCUCACCCCGUUGGCCAAGAUAAAGAUCCACAGACUGCGCGUGUAUCUCACAGAGCACAUGGAAUAUUACUGCAGGGGUAAGCGUGUGCACAGGAUGGAGCCCGUCAAGAAGUACCUGCUAUUGGAGCACAAACCUCCCGAAGGUGUCGACUCGCUACUUGCAGUUGACGAUAAUGAAAUCACUGCGCGGGAAUUUGAGUUCCAGGUGUACGUUCCUGAAAAACUGAACGAUAAACAUCGUCUUCAUCCCGAUACUUCUCAUACGGAUAUCCAGUCCCAUCACUGGAUCAAGCUCUGCAUCAGGGUCUCCAAGGCAAAUCCGACAGCUGCAGACCCAAAGAAAAGAAAACAUUUUGAGAUAUCCAUUGACUCACCAAUGCAUGUGUUUUCACCGCUGGCGGUCCAUGCAAAUACGCUAUUGCCGGCGUAUACAUCAUAUGCUGAACAAGCAGCACCAGACCCAUCUACACACGCUUAUUACGACGAUAUCCCUCUUUCUCCUGGGGUUGUGCCUAUUGAGAAUUCGCUGGACGGAAUUAUGUCACCAGACUUUCAUCUGGGUGCAAAUCUGUAUCAACCCUCGAAUAUACCAGAGGAGCUGAAGUCACCACAGGCAGUGCCGUUUUCACCAGCUAUUACCCCGGAGAUGAUGGUUUCUCCGGAGCUGGCUGCUCGUGGUCGUUCCAGCACGUCUGUCACAGCCAAAUUAACGAGGCCUAUUCAGCUUAUCAGAAGACCUUCGUUUGACCCUCCUCCGUUUGACGCAGAUAUUGCACCACCUCCGUUCUCCGACCCACCGGCUUACUCUUCGAUCCCGCCAAACGGAAUCCCACAUAUGCACCCUGAAAGCAGGAGACAGCAGUCUAAUGGCGAUUUGGCUGGAAAUUUCAACUUCCAGGGUCUUUCUCCUGACAUGCCGGAUCCAAUUGCUCGUGCCACAUCGCCAAAUCCUCCCAGAUCUAGGCACGCAUCACCUUCACCAGCUCCUGCAAACAGAACGCACCGCGAUAUCUCGUCCAUGUUGGGAGUCAACGAUGCUCAGAAGGAACUUUCUGUUUCUCCAGAAAGAGAUGUGAAUUUAAAUACCGCUUUGGACACUUCUUCUGCAGAUGUGCAUCGUCGCGGGUCGUCCUUCUCUUCAGAGAGAUCGGUGCCACUUUCCAUUGCUUCAGAGUUAUCUGCAUUUGACCCAAUUUUGGCUGAACCAUUGCUCAGGAACGAAUCUCGAAGCGGAAGAAAUUCGGCAUAUGGAAACUCUCGUCGUGGGUCGAUGGUUGAACCACCCUCUUUCAGAGAUAGAGAACAAUCGUUUGACAUCACCAGUCUCUACUCUCAAAACAUCCAGAACGACUCAGCGACAUAUUUAGACAACAACAUAUGGCAGCCAAUGGAUUUCGGAAUGCAUCCUCCAAGAAAUGCAUUCCGGAACAAAGCUGUGCAACCAUCACCCCCUCAGCUUUCAUCAAAAUCGGUUUUCUUCAGAUCCAAUCGGGGCGAUAUGGAGACAUUGCCUAUAGAAGACAACCAUGAAAGACCUACAGACCUUUCUGCUGAUUUAACUGCGGAAAAUCAAGACUCGCUGGCUCUGCCAGACAAUACAGAUACCACCUCUCUGGUAACCAGCGAUGAACGAUCCGUGAUAUCGAAGGGUAGUGGUAAUAGUGGCUCCAGUAUGUCUACACUUCAAGGAUCAUCAAAUGGCACAGGAGCAUAUAACCGGCCGGAAAAAGAGUUGCCAGGUCGGAUAUCCAGCGAAAAGCCCAGUGUUGCUUUGGGUCGUUAG